UGCAAAGCAGUCGUUGAGAAAGCUGGUCGUUUCAACUGAAAUCGCCAGCGAUUCGCUUAAUCACGGUCGAACUCUCUUUGAAAAAUAAAUAAAAUAAAAACAAGAAGCACCGUGUUUUGCAGUAUACAGAACAAUCUGGAGGAAGGAAAGAGAGAAAGCGAGGAGAAAGGAGGGGAAACUUCGGACUCCGGCAUGGCGACCUCAGCCGCAAUGGAUGGCGUCGCAGCCGACGCACUCCGAACGGUGCUCAACCGUGUCCAGCAGGCCGCCGACCGCUCCGGCCGUGUCGCGCAAUCGGUACGAGUGGUGGCCGUGAGCAAGACCAAGCCUGUGUCUGUUCUCCGCCAAGUGUAUGAUGCUGGCCAUCGAUGCUUCGGCGAAAAUUACGUCCAAGAAAUCGUCGAGAAAGCUCCUCAGCUUCCGGAGGAUAUCGAGUGGCACUUUAUUGGGAAUUUACAGAGCAACAAAGUAAAACCUCUUCUAACUGGUGUACCAAACCUUGCAAUGGUUGAGACUGUGGAUGAUGAAAAGAUUGCAAAUCAUCUUGAGCGUGCUGUUGCAAGCAUAGGGAGGAAGCCCUUGAAGGUCAUGGUCCAAGUUAAUACUAGUGGAGAAACAUCGAAAUCUGGUGUUGAGCCCUCUGGGUGUGUGGAGCUUGCAAAGCAUGUUAGUUUGAAAUGUCCGAACCUUGAGUUUUGUGGUCUAAUGACAAUUGGCAUGCUGGACUAUACAUCAACCCCUGAAAAUUUCAAGACAUUAGCAAACUGCAGAAGUGAGGUUUGCAAGGCACUUGGAAUAACGGAAGAGCAAUGUGAACUGUCAAUGGGCAUGUCUGGAGACUUUGAACUAGCUAUUGAAAUGGGCAGUACAAACGUAAGAAUUGGAUCUACAAUAUUUGGGCCAAGGGAAUAUAAAAAGAAAGAAUCAACUUAGCUCCAAUUGAACAAUAUUCUUGUAAUAUUAUUGUGCUCCCAUUUUUGGCAAGGUGUACCAAAGUUAUAUGUCAUUUGAUGACCAUUUGAUCUGUUGUCUGUGUACUUGAAAAGAUGAAGCUUAAUAAAUAUUGUACACAAGCAUGGUUCAAAACUUCGAA